UCUGACACUGAUAGUGAAGUGAACAUUAGACUUCUUGGCUUGCUUUCAUCUGGAAGUAAUACAGACCUAACAUCUGAAUCGAGCAUUGGAGAGACUUCUUCGGUUGCAACAGAAAUGUCUGACUGUUCUGGGUCAGUGGACGGGAGCUCAUAUUUACGGAAGAAGAAGCCAGGGGAUUUGAGAAUGUCAAUGCCCAUGACCCUGGCUUUCUGCUAUAUGGCAUUGAUAUGGUUGAGGGAAUCGAUUACGUUAGCCGAUCUCUUAAGGCUGGUAGUGAAUGGUCACAUUCCUUACUUGAAUGCACAUAAAGAUUUCCCAGAGGAGAUGAAGGUUUAUGGGACUGACUUGAAGAUUUUCCAUGCAAGGGUGGUGCAUUUAACUUUUAUCAUGUUCAAGUGUUUAUCCACCAUAUGCGCCAUAGUUUCCCUGAUUCAGCAUAAACUGGAGACCUGUGAAGGAUCGUUCAUGGGCUAUGUGGGGUCUAAACACUUGGAAUUCCCAACUCACAGCAUUCUGACUCAGCAGUUCUCAAACCUUGGCCAGUCUAUACUGAAAGAUGUGAGUAAGGUGAGGAAGCUGAAGCAGUCGGGAGAACCAUUCCUCCAAGAUGGCUCGUGCAUCAAUGUUGCCCCUCAUCUGCACAAGUGUCGAGAGUGCCGGUUAGAACGUUACCGCAAGUUCAAAGAGCAGGAGCAAGAUGAUUCCACUGUGUCCUGUCGAUUCUUUCAUUUUCGCAGACUGAUAUUUACUCGAAAGGGUAUACUACGAGUGGAGGGAUUCCUGAAUCCCCAGCAGAGUGAUCCUGAUGCCAUGAGCUUGUGGAUCCCAUCUGCUUCCCCUGCAGAGGGCAUUGAUCUUGAGACCUCUAAAUACAUCCUGGCCAAUGUUGGGGACCAGUUUUGUCAGUUGGUUAUGUCUGAGAAGGAAGCAAUGAUGAUGGUUGAACCACACCAGAAAGUGGCUUGGAAAAGAGCUGUUCGUGGUGUGAGAGAGAUGUGUGAUGUUUGUGAAACAACAAUGUUCAAUAUUCAUUGGGUUUGUCGCAAAUGUGGCUUUGGGGUGUGUCUGGACUGUUACCGUCUCAGGAAAAACCGUCCACGAAGUGAGACAGAGGAAAUUGGUGAUGAAGAGGUUUUUUCAUGGCUGAAGUGUGCAAAAGGGCAAUCCCAUGAACCAGAAAAUCUCAUGCCAACACAGAUAAUUCCUGGCACAGCACUAUAUAAUAUUGGAGACAUGGUCCAUGCAGCACGUGGGAAAUGGGGAAUUAAAGCGAACUGUCCAUGUAUUAACCGGCAAAACAAAUCUGUAUUGCGACCUGCUGUCACUAAUGGAAUUUCACAGUUUGGAUAA